CGAAAGGGGCGAGGGAUCCGGCAUUUCUUGAGCUUGCGCAGCUCCAUCUCGCGGUCUUCCUUGAGCACGAUCUCUUCCAUGGUGUAGCGCGCAAAUCUCCGCAAUCUCGCCGCUCGCCGCAGCAGGAAUCCGGCUAGGUUGGUGGCGCAGAGCAUCGGCGCGUAGGAUUCGUGGUCCUUGAGCGGCACGAAGCUGAGGUAGGUCUUGUAUGCCACGACUUCGUCGUCGAUCUUGAUCGGCAGGGACGGGCCCUGCUGCUUCCAGCGGCAUCCAUCCAGUGUCGUUCUCGAUCGCGCCGGCCGUGAGGAGUACUUCGUCCUCGCGAAGAGAUAUCGCGUUCCUCCUGGAAACAAGGCACAGUAAGAUCGAUCAAAACUAUCUCAAAGAAGAAAUUUUCUAGAACUCGCCUGGAGAAUUUCGCAGUAGGAAAGCGGGAUGCGUCGCGUAGAUAUCGGCCUCCUCGAUUUGGAAGCCCCGGACAGCCUCUGUUUCUUCGCAGCUCCUCUUCCCGAUAUACUCUCGGAGGCCUGGAAGCCUGUCCUCGUUCUCGUCCUUCUCUGUCUGCUCCAAUAAUUCAAGAGCAUCGACGUCGAUGACCUGGUUGUUCUUGAGCGCACGCUUAAGCCCGGCCUGGAAUUCCCACUUCCUAGCACGAGAUGAGCAAAGAAUAUGCUGAGCAAGCGCGAGAGCAGCUAGAUGGAAGGACUUUCACGUACCUCUUGAGCUGCUCGUCGUCUGCCACCACCGGAUCAUCGUCUUGCACCACCGGAUCAUCGCCUUGCCGGGACUCAGUCUUCCCAGGCUCCGCCUUCACUGGCUCUGGCUCAACCUUCUGCGGAGGCUGCUGCUCCUCUUUGAGCAGUUCCUUCCAGCAUUCGUGCCCGAUCACUGCGUCACCGUCCGUGGAAGCGAUGGAAUCGCCCGUGAAGCUGGAGUAGCAGACGGUGGCGAGCUCAGUAGCAGCAGAAUCAAGAAACGAGCAGAAAUCCGCCGAGCACGACGCAGUAGCAGCCAGUAACUGGUCGACGAGGAAGAACUCGCUGGAGCAAUCAAAAUCGACUUCCUGGGCCUGGGGCUCCUCAAGAACACCAAGAACAGAUGCUGGGAAGUGAGCGAAGCCAGGGGAAGGAGGAGGAGAAACAAGAGGAGGAGGAGAACAAGAACAGCAACAGAAAAUCUUCGACGAUUCGCCAUGGACGACAGCUUGGAGCGAGUAAGAACAGGCGCAAGCCUCCAUCGCUCGCUCGCUCGCUUCUUCCCGACGAGGAGCUGGAAGAAGAGAGACAAGAACAAGACGAGCGAGAGCAAAGCCAACACUGGAGCGACACCGAUUUGCUAUCAUCAACCGGAUUUCCAAAUGCAACGGACUGGGAAGAAGCUCUCUCUCUCCAGUGACUCGCUCGUCCUUUUAACCGUAGGGGGGAGAUUCUCUGCUAGUGUACACUGUAUCUCGAUCACUUGGAUCCAGGGAUCCGGCGGUGGAUACUUGGUGGAAGCUGGCUAAAUCUAUCCAAGUCCGUUAGAGCUGGAAGAAAAACGAAUUGAUGGUUCUUUCUUCCACGAUCAUACCUCAUUGUGUUCCACUAAGUUCACAAUUUUAAAUUCAGACAUGAUGAUAUAAAAGUAUUACAUUUAACAAUAUACUUUAUCAUUAGCAAUUUC